GCUGAGGAAGCUGCUGAAGCACUUUUAAGCAUGCAAUGCAAGCCCAGCACCUCCUGCCCUCCUGUCAACUCUCCCCACCUGUCUCUGCAGGCAGCUACCAGCCGUCCCGGGGAGACCCUUGCAGGAUAAAGAAGAGCAAGGGAAAGUCAUUCCUCUGGUGACUCCCAGGAUGGUGGACUUCAUUGCUGCAGCGGUGGAGGCGAAUAGAAGGAUUGCCGCCGAGAAAAAAUGCGCAAAGACCAGGAAGGGAAAGGAGCAGAAGGGGAAGACGGUGAGGAAGGAGAAGGAGGAGAAGGGGAAGACGGUGAGGAAGGAGAAGGAGGAGAAAGGGAAGAAGGUGAAGGAGAAGGAGGACAAGAUGAGGAAAGAGGAGAAGGUGAAGCAGGAGAGGAAGGGGAAGGAGGAGAAGGUGAAGCAGGAGAAGAAGGUAAAGUUUGUGCAGCAAGAGAAGAAGGUGAAGGUCAUGAAGCAGGAGAUGAAGGUGAAGAACGUGAAGCAGGAGAAGGUGAGGAAGGUGAAGCAGGAGGAGAAGAGUAGAUUUUCAAAACAUGCCCAGAAGUUCUUGGCUGAAGAGGAAAAAAAGAACAAAAUGCUGAAGAAACAGAAAAAGAAGCAAGCCAAGCAGCAAGAGUUGGAAGCGGAGAAGACGGAAGCCCAGCCAGAAGAAGUGGAGAUGCCAGUGGCUCAGGUACUUUGCAUCCCCGCAAGAAAGCAGCAGCACCUUCCCAUCCAGGGGAGCUGAGGUUGUAAGGUACCUCUAGCACCUGGACCAGAGUAGCGCUGUUGGUGCAGCACAGCUGGAUGGCUGACUGCUGCCUUUUGGGAGCAAGAAGACCCAACAGGGAGCGGUAACAAAGCCCUGGUCACGCUGGGACAUGGCCCCAAGAGCGUGCUGAGGUUCCUC